AUGGCCUCUCAAUCCAAUAUCGGACCGGAUGCCAAAGUCAAGCGCUCGCGCAUGGACAAGUUCAUACCGCGCCGCUCCAGCACGCUAUCUUCCUCUGUAGGCCCUACGCAGCCCACCCCGACUACGACUCCCGAACGCACCCCGGCCAAGUCUGAACGGACGCGAAUGGACAAGAUUAUGCGACGCCCGAGCACUUCGUCUACUCUCAGCUCAUCGCCUCCUUCCAAGCCUCUAGCCGAGGCUACGCCGCCGAAAGAGCGUUCGGGUCUGCGCAAGGUUUUGCAACGCUCCAACACUUCGGCAUCAUCUAUAGGAUUAUCGACUUCUCCUACGCCUCUCCCGGAGAGUACUCUUCCUAAGGCCGCAGGUUCGCGCAUUCCGCGGCGCACGUCCACGGCCUCCAUACGCGCGGCCACCGCACCUUCGGACACCACGGAGGCCGAUGGCGCGAAGCCGGAACGUUCCCGCGUGGAUAAGCUCUUGCGACGAUCGCCAUCUUCGUCUUCGUCUCUCGCUGGUGUGGCUCCUACAGGCAUCCCGGAGCCGAAUGGGCCGAAGUCUGAGCGCUCGCGGAUGGACAAGAUCCUGCGACGCUCACCAUCUUCCACCUCUUCCCUCGCUAUCUCCGCUUCUCCCGAAGCUCAGGAUGCCACCCCGUCGAAGCCAGAGUCAAAGCGCAAGCGUAUUGCCUCUCUCAUCCACCGUCCGGAUGCGUCCUCGUCCGAUUCCAUAUCUAUUGCACCCACCGAUGCCGACGUCCAAGACGGCUCGCCGAAGCCGAAACGCACGCGCCCGGGCUCGGUCUUGCGUACUCUAUCUGCGUUCAGCGUAAAGCACAAGCAUGGCUCUUCUUCGUCCGAAUCACUCGCAGUCGACACGCAUACGCCACCUGCAGUCGAGCAGACAUCCGUUGAACACAAGAUGCUCAGCCCUGUUGCAGAGUCGCCCGCGGUCGAGCAGGGCCACCAAGGUUUCGCCUCACUGCCAGUGUCGUCGGAGGCCGUACCGCCCAGCAUCUCUGAGGUGGUGCCGCCCGUUCCGUUGGUCGCGGUUGUAGACCCCACGCCCGUCGAAGCACCGGCUACUGCUGCGCCUGCCGUCGCGCCCGAGGUCCAGGCGGAGAUUUCCGAGCCACCGCCACCCGUAGAUGAGCCCGCCGCUCCUGCAGCUCAGCUAGAUCUUCCUCCUGGGUUGACGGAGGAGCCGUCUUCAUAUGACGAACCAGCAGAUGCAAGUGCUCCUGAUGCCACAGGCGACGCUUCAGAAGAAGUUGCCGAAGCUGUUGUAGCGAUGCCCCCUUCUCACGAGGACACGACUGUCGCCGGUUCUCUCGAUAACGUGGUCGCCGAAGAGCCGCUCAUCUUUGACGCGCCCGCCAUCCCGCAAGAAAACGUCUCGCUCGUCCAGGAUUCCACCUUUGCUGCCCCCGACGUACCUUUGGAGGAAGCAGAGCAGCCCGUUACCGCGACUGCAGAUGUCCCCGCUAUAUCCGUUCAGCCGGUCGCCUCAGAUGACGCGAGCGCUCGAGCCGAGUCCGAGGUCGACGGGCCGAACAGUUCGGUAGAGGCCACGAAGGCAACUUCAUUCGUCGAUGCGGGAGCGGCGCGCGAGACUGAGCCGCCGCAAACGCAAGGCGACGUCCCGUCUGUCAUGAGCUUCGAGCAGUUUGGUUGGAUCAUGCAUCACUCACCGGGAGAAUCUGCCCCGUACUUCACGCUACAUGGACACGACGUCGUUACGGAUGUUGAUCUUCGUGGUGAUGGCGCGAUCCUCAGCAUCUACGAGCGCCUUUCCUGUUUGGAUAUGCCACCGGCGGAUGGCUGGGAGCUUUGGUUACUCAAUACUAUUGGCGGAUUCGUGCCCUCUCCGGACCAUUACCUCGUGAACCACGACUUGCGCGUCGUGUCUUCUACGCCUAAAUCCCCAAGGCCGACUGCUGCAGAGCGUGAGAAGUACUGGGAAUUCGUCGAGAAGCACCCUGUCCACUGCGCGCGCAUCAUCUCUUCGGAGGAGAUCGUUGCCGGCACGAAUGAUGCGCUCACUUACGAGUUUGUCAAGUGGCCCGUACCUCCGGGAUCUGGCUCUGGCGCGGACUCAGUCUCAGACGUUCCCUUCAAUGAAGAUGAGAGCGACGAGUUUUCGCGGUCGCUGAGUUCUUUUGGAGCAGACCCUUCCACUUCAACUCCCGAGGAUAUGGCCGUCGUUGCGCAGAACGUCGCCAAGGUCGAGCUUCGCCUUUGUCGCUGGGAGCAACGAAUGCGCGAGUCUGGCAGGCUUGGGGAGGAGCGUUACGACUCGCCUUCAGGCGCUCUCAUGAACUUGAGUCCUGAUGCGCAACGCCAGAUGAUCCCGGCUCUCUCGCGCGUUCUGGGUGGGAGUGUCGGGAGAUCUGGUGCAUGGGGGUGCUCAAUCCAAUGA